AUGCGCCCGACGCUGAGAAGAUCGUGCAAUGCGUGCGCCAGGUCCAAGCUGAGCUGCGAUCUUCGCAAACCAAAGUGUUCACGAUGCAUCAAGAGGCGCAUCGGCAGCUGCGUGUAUGCGAACGAACCGCUGACCUUGUCGUCGACCGAGCCCAACGCCAUUGAAGACUCCAACUCCGGUUCGGCCUUGCCACCCGCCAGCGAGCUGCUGCAACCAUCGCCCCCUCGCCCUCUACGGCUUGGUUUCAGCCAGGCGCUUGACCCCUUCGACUCGUAUCCACGGACCAGGCUACCACGAGCUCGCGUGCAGCAUCUGAUCCAACACUUUCUGUCAAACAUUGCCUUUCAGUACUACCCCUUGGACCUUGGAAAGUCGUCCAACCCGUUUGUUGUUUCAUGGUGGCCGCUCGCGCUCAACGAUCCCGCCUUGUUCCAUGUAUCGCUGCAGACAGCCUCGCUGGAUGCGGAACUCAAGGCCCAAAAUGGAUUCAAAGACUCGGAGAUGCUCAUGGCCGACUCGAUUGCCUUGGUGCGACAGCGCGUCGAGGAUCCACUCCUGGCAUGUGGAGACGAGACUAUAGAUUCCGUCGUGACCCUUGCUGCUAUAGAGUUUGGCAAGGGGAACACGGCUGUCGGCAGCAUGCACAUUGAAGGCGUCAAGAAAAUGGUCCAGAUGAGAGGAGGCAUCCAUAAUUUGAAAUUAACAAGCCCUCUCACAGCGCGUAUGGUUGCCAGGGUCUCCUUGGUAUUGAUGCAAACUCCACAGUUUAGUGUCCAAAACGACCAUAGAUGCGGAGACGCCAUAGCCCCAAUUCAGCAAUGGACCGAAGUCGAUAAUGUCAGCCACCAAGAGCUUCCCGAGUGUUUUGUCGGACUUGAUCUCGAGCCUGUGUUGAGCGACGUCGUCUUGCGACUCCGCAAUAUCCUUAACACGUCUCGGCAAUCUGAUUUAUCCACUACCGAUCUCCAUGAUCUCGCAAACUUUAUUUUACACCGACUAUGCUCUCUGGAGCCAUUGAAUCACCAGAGUUUCCAAGUGAGCCCUUUGUCCGAAUGCCUUCGAUAUGCAGUGGUCCUCUACAUGCUCAUCAUCCAUGGACCAACGUACUUCACCCAUGCGCACUUGCAAUUGAACCUGGUCUCCAAACUCAGAGCUCGCCUGGAAGACACACCCGACCCAGUAUCCGUCGGCCACGCAUCCAUCGCUUUAUGGGUUGUAUCGGUAGGCCUGGUUGCAUCAGCUGACACGCCGGAUGGGCUCUGGUUUCAUGGUCAAGCCCAGGCGCUCGGUGGGUACUCGGACCUGCACACUUGGACGGAUAUCCUUCCCCACCUUGAACAGGUCCUGUGGUCCGGUAACCAUGCUGCCGAAGCCAUGUUCCGACAACGGUGGGAAGCAGUCUUGAAUGCAAACCCAUCACACGGUUGUCAGCUCACCUUUGCCGCAUCUGGCGUGUGCCGAAGACAAAUGGAGGAAUCCGAAAGCCCGUAUACGAAAACCUGUAUACGACCAUCCGACUACGUUUGA